AGCAGACGCUAGCUCUGACGCUCUGCUGCGUCGAAGCUGUUGCGGCAUUGCGUCGCAUUUGCUGCGUCGUUCGCUGCGUCUCGUCGAUAUUGAGCGCCAUUGCAUGCCUCGUCUCAAAGUUCGUCUUGGUCUUGGUCGGUCGGUUCAGGUCCGCGUCGUCGGCCCUCCUUGAUCUCGAUUCUCGCUCGUGAGUCGACUGACUCGCCUGGAGCCCCCGCGGCGUCUUUGUCUGCGUCUGUGCGAGAAGGGCGAGGCAAUCCAGGCAAGGCAUGCGGGGAGGAAAAGAGCGAAGGCUGAUUGCAGCAGCCAACGACAUUGAGAGUCAGAUGGGAGGGCGAGGGAGAGGAGGGACCCUUGGACGAGCUUCACGGCAACGGGCACCGCCUUCUUCCUUCUCACCAUCCCAUUCCCGUGAUCCAUCGCCACCAUCCAAUCUUAGCCUCUCAGGAGAUUCAUCGACGCGAGAUGUCGCGCAAAUACAAAGGCAAGCUGCGCCUCGUAGACCCGGCCGAUCAGGACGACAUCAGCGAGAUUGAUAUGAGCGACGAGAGCAGCAGCGAUGAAGGACAGCCUGCCUCAGAGACUGCACCAGCCGCUACAUCGACAAGGCGGCGUCGAGGAUCAGACGCAGCUCAGAAGCAGACGCAGCCCAGCAAGAAAACAGCAGCAGCUCCCCCUCCUCCACCAAGCAAUGGCGCACGUCGUCCAGAUGCCGCGCAGCCUCGACGGGCAUCGAAAUCGGGCGGCCUGCUGGGCAGAUUAAGGAACAUGCGAAGGAGGGAGGAUAUGGGAAAGAAGACGCCACCGAAGCUGUCAAUCAACACUGCUACCGCGACAGCUGGUGCGAAGAAUGAUUCGCCAGCAUCUGGCAGGGGCAGCCCUUCCAUCGUCCCAGUCGGCAGGGCCAGUCUUGCAGGCCCACGCGAGACGUUGGGCAUCGAUGCCUUCAGCAAACCGCAUCGUUCCAGCACAGCGAACUCCCUCAUGACCAGCGAACUGCUCGGUUCUAGCUCAUCCUCCCCAUCCGCAGCUUCACCCGACGUCGUCCUCAAAGACUACGGUGUCGAGCGACAGCCUGACGUCAUGCAGGCCAACCUCAAGCGAGAGAGCACGGCAAGAUACUCCAUCGCGCACAGCGUUGAAGCUUCACUUGUCGACAGCUGGAGCAUUGCUGAGCGACAUGUGGAUGGGAGCGAUGACGAUGAUGAGUCGAUGGUCAGUCGAGCAGCGGGCGAGAAUGAUUGGAUGAGGACGGGCGAGGCACCAAUGGUGGACGAUUACAGUGAGGUCGGCGCGCCCGUGCAGAGAGCUUCCAACGCACCUAGCGAUAUCACUGAGGAGGACGACGACGACGAAGAGGACGACGAUGAUGAUGAUGCGAGCACAGAGUCUGAAGGACCAGGGCGAAGGACGCCCACCCGCGGUGCAGCCGCAGCGGCCGUAGCUGUCCCAGCCGUCGCUGCUGUUAAGCCUCCCAUCUCUCGCACAGUGACAGGUCGUAGCACCACCACCGCCGACUUCUACGAUGCAGAGUCUGAGCGUGGCAGCACAGCGGGAAGCACGGCAUCUCGUGCAGCCGCUCGUCGCUCGGAUGUCGAUCGCCUCCUCCUUCAACUUGGCGAUACCGGUGCGGCCGGAGCCGGUGGUUCCACUGCGGCGAGCACGGUCAGCAGUAGCCAUCGUUCCGAGCCUUCGAGCUCGGCGAGCUCGUACGUGCCCGACUUGUCCGUCGCCUACGGCACGGAGUACGACGAGUCCGAAUCCGCCAUCGUGCCCGAUGACUCGGUCUCCGUCAGAGCCAUGCAGAGAGUCACGCACGAAGACAUAGGAGAGGACGAGGGCACUCGAACGCCCACUGGCAAGACCGCGAAGCAGUCCACGGACCCUGAAAAGCUGGCUGUCAUGCUUGCUGAUAUGGAGCCGGCCUUCCAGUCGAGCUCGGAGGAUGAGGAUGAGUUAGAGGAGGAAGACGAAGAGGACGAAGAUGACGAGGACGAGGAGGAUCAGGACGAGGACGAGCAGACAGAGGGACCGGUCAUGAUCACCACUCGUACGCCCGCAGCCUCAACUCGCUCCGUCGCAAGAUCAGCGAAAGAAGCCCGGCGACGACGUAGAGUAAAGCGAAAGAAGGUCGAGAAGGGCGCCAACCGCUGGCUGGCAGACAGCGCUCUUACGCCGGAGCAGAUGCACUACUUCAUCAAGGCUAUGGUUGGCCGUGAGCUCGAGUGGGAGAUGUCUCGCGCAUUCGCCUUCGAUCCCUCGGAACGGCCGCCUUUGCUCGACUCAGCAACGUCACCUUCUUCGCCCGUGGCGUCGUCGAGUCGUCCUGCGCGAGAGUAUGACAUCUUCAAGAAGAGCAAAGCCGACACUGCAACGCUCCCUAAAUUCCCGCUACUGCGCUUCCUCUACGACUCCGCGUUCUGCAUGCUGCCCAUCUUCGGACACGGCACUACCACGUAUGCAAAGCGACAGAAGCGAGCAGAAGCCUACUGGGCACGCGGUGUCGCCCCCCUGCUUCGUAUCCUGCAGAAUCGGUCCUUCAGCCACAGGGUAGAUCGCUGCGGUGAGGGAGAUGGAAGUGCAUUCAGCUCAGAAGCUACCUCCGACGUGCUCAAGGGCGCGUUCGCUCGCGCCGCUGUGCGAUUCAUCACUGCGACGAUCAACGUAGGCGGCAAGCGAGACAUCAAAGCCGGCUGGCCCUGGCCCUCUGCCAAGCUCAUGAAGCUUCCCGCUUUCCUUCCCUACCGUAUGCCCUUGGCACAGCAGACUCGCGGCGCAUUUGAGGUGGACGUAGUGGUGAUGCGGCCGCUGGGCAAGGAGCCGUCCUACAUCUUGCGACUGCGAAGGCAAUUUGGCCAUCCGUCGAUCUUCGUCAUCAGGUCUGAGGCACAGUUCCAGGAAUACGCAGCAGCGCUCAACGAGGCUUUGCCGCGGGCUUGCAUUAAGCGGCCACCUCCUGUCGAGAUGGCAAUGGUGUUCGGUUCCUCAGCGGACGCUGCGGCGCCCGCUUCGCCGAAGGUACGCUCUCCCUCCGAGAUGGGAUCAAGCACGGCCGUGGGCAGCACUCGCUCGAGACCGCCGCUGCGUUCCAAGCUCAGCAGUGACUCAAAGAACGGCCUGACAGGCUCGCAAAGCAAGGCAUCGAAUAGUCCCGCCGAGCCAGAAAAGCAUCAGCAGCAUCGCGGUCUUGCUGGUCUAUUUGGCAGCUUCGGAAAGAGCAGUGGGACAUCAGUAGCCGCAGCCAGCAGCAAGGGAGAGAAGGAAGCUGCUGCAGCUCAAAGGCCGACAGCUGGCGCUGAUCGAACUCUGCUUGAGCUGAGGGAGAACAAGCGUCGCUCUGUCCUUGGCAGUCGUUCGAGCCUUCCGCUCUCGCCGAGCUCGCCGACCGUCGACGAUGACGGCAGCAACGUCAGCAGCACGCGCUCAUCAACCUUGGGUCCCUCAGCAGCGGGCGUGGGCUCAAAGAAGGGGGGCACAGCGGCGGCAGCGGCAGCGCCGUCGUCGUCGAUCGCCUCAUCCAGUAGCACAGGCGGAGCGGGAGGCCUCCUUCUCAACAUGGGCAAAGGUGUGCCGAAGAAAGCCAAGCCAGCAUCGCUCCCACCCAUCGACUACAACCUCCGUCGUCUCCAGCUCCGCGAUUGGCUGCGCGACACCCUCUCCGCCCGUGGUGCGGGUCAUCAUCACGAGACCCGCGAGUUCCUGACUGCUGGCUUCUUUACGGACAAGGACCUCAAGUCCUCCACCAAGGCCAAGAUUGCCGCCAACGAAGAAGCUGACCGCGUUAGCACCAAACAGCGCGAGGAGGUCGCCCUCUCCGCUGGUGAGGAAGUGUUGGAGCUACGCGACCAAAUUGAGUCGAUGUGGGAGGAAUGCAAGCAUGGUCAAGGCUUCCUGCAGGCACGCGCCGUCUUCGAAAAGGCUUCUUCCUUCUCUGAGCUACCGGAGGACUAUCAACGGCUCGUCUCCUUCCUACACCUGAAGGUUGCACGCUUCCUCCUCGGUACUUUCGUCACGGGCGAUGAAUCACUUUCCAACCUGCGACGGGCUCGCUCAGCCUUUGCUGCCAUUCCAUGGAAGCUGCUCAGCCUCGUUCUCUCCGAGCCUACAGGGGUGAUGGUGGCCGAUCUGCGGAGAGCAUUGACUGCGCCCAAGUUCGUCUCGGGGAUGAUCUCUAUCCUCUUUGAUGACGAUUCUCGGAAGGUCGGCCAGGAUCUUGAAGAGCUCAAGCGUCGCCUCCCCUCGGACUACCUUCGCAAAAUCCGUCGCUUUGUUGAAGCCACCUCCGACCACACGAAGCGACUCAUUCGUGAUCAGGCGAAGCGCAACGGCAUUCCACUCGUGUCAGCCAUCGAGCGUGGAUCUGACGAGCCUCUCUUGGAGGGCAAGGAGCUCGCCCGCAUCAUACAAGCCACGCGCGGCUAUGUCACCUUCAUGGAGACGCAGCCCAACUUCAUCGACGUUGAAGUCGAGGCGAGGAUCAACAAGGACGUGGCGCUCAUCAUCGACCUGCAAGCAGCGCUGCGCCUCUAUUCUGCGCGACGAGACGGCCAGAACCUGCGCGAGCUUACACGGUCAGAGACCUUCCGCUCUGCGCUGGGUCACGUCGUGCAGCCUAUCCUCGACCAUCUGGCCAGACAGCAUCACCGCAAACGAGGCUCAAAGCUCAAGGGAGCCCUGAGGCUCAUCGAGGUCCGUGGAUUCGCCUUGCUCGAGUUGCUGGAGGCGCUCAGGACUCGAGUGCAAGACCCGGCAAAGAGUAUAGAUGCUCUGACGACCUUCCUAGACUCGCACGCACACGACACCGUUGGGCUCCUCUCGCAUGUGGCGAGCCCGCUGUUCACUUGGUUACACAAUGUAGCUCGAACAGUGGCGGAAGGCUCGGACGAUCUGGCUCGCGAAUGGCCACUCCCCGUCAAGAAGGAUGGUGCGGCCGCUAAUCCUCUCAGCGACGAUGAAGCGCUUGAUAAUGUACGUCGUCUGACUGAACGCGCUUGGUUGGCAAGGCUUAGGGACAUGGAGCUGGCAUCGCGCUGGAUUGCGGGCGAUGUCGAGGCGGAUCUGAGUGUGCAGGUGCUGGGGAGUGGUGGGGGAGGGGAGAAGACGAGGACGCUACCUAUUCUGCCUGAGGAGCCUAAGAGGCCUGAGCUGGAUAGGAAGACGUUUGACGGCGUGCUGCCGGGCUUUAGAAAAGCGCUGGGGAGGGUUUUGGAGAGUAGAAUCGAUUGAGGGCAGGAGGCCGGGGUAGGCUGAUCGCAUUGUCACGAUGACACACGGAUUCGUUGUUGCUUUGGAUUGCUCACCGAAUAAUGAUGUCUAUUGC